AAAAUACAUAGAAAGGCUCGGUCAAUUUUUGUGAUCUUUUGGAUAAUAGAAGUCACAAGAGUACUGGCGACGGUGAAGGCGAGGCAGAGGGAAAAUGUUGCCACUGAGCCAAGCUCCGGCCGGCGUUUUACCGGCCAGAAAGUUCUCCUUAACCACGCUUCCCUCUCUCAAAUUCUCUAACCCUAAUCCUUUUCGGCGCUCUAAGUUUAUUCCUAGAAGAAAUCCUGCGAAACCUCUUAAUAUCACUCUUUCCAAAGCGGAAGGAACCGUCGAUUCGACGAAACAGGCUGUUUCCAACUCUCCAAGUCCGCCUCCUUUUCCUACUGACCAAACGGUUUUCGUCGGCGAUGAGAGUGUUCCGUUGGAAGGAGUUAUUCAGUUCGAUAAGCCCAAUACGUCGUCUCGUUUGAGCAAAUGGGGCCGCGUGGCUCUGCUGGCUGGUGGAGAUGUAUUGGCCUUGCUUUUGUUCUCCUCAAUUGGAAGAUUCACCCAUGGUUUCCCUGUUUUUGAUUUCGAGACAGUACGCACGGCUGACCCUUUUAUUGCUGGUUGGUUUCUGAGUGCUUACUUUCUCGGUGGUUAUGGAGAGGAUGGUCGUGGGAUGAAUGGUUAUUCCAAGGCUGUUAUUGCCGCUUCCAAAUCAUGGGCUUUGGGAAUUCCACUAGGUCUACUAGUUCGGGUAGCAACAUCCGGCCAUCUUCCGCCAUAUAAUUUCAUAGGAGUGACGAUGGGAAGCACGGCUGUUUUGCUCAUUGGAUGGAGAGCAAUACUGUAUAAAGUUUUUCCAGUCAACAACAGCAAGAAGAGUGAUGUCUAUCGGCGUGGCAACCCAUUUGAACUAUUUGAGUUGUUGACAUCAUUGGUGAGAAGGUGGUGAUGAGGGAAAAACAUCCCAUUUGCUUGUAUCAUAUUUUUUUUCUUUAAAGGGACCUUAUAAACUAACUGGUAAGAGUCCCUCUACUUAUGAACGAAAUGUGUAAUUCUCUAAUCCAAGUUUUGUUGAUUUAUGUAUCCUCUGACUUACUUUGUUCAUACAAGGAAAGUUCGAUAAUCAAUAGUGAGCUCUCUUUGUUGUCUAA